AUGUCUCAUCUCACCUACACGUCCUAUGAAGGUUACGGCGAAAGGGCCAAGAAGAACCUAUGGUACAGCCAGGCCGUCCGAGUCGGCGACGUGAUUGAGUGCUCCGGGCAGGGUGGCUGGGACCGCGACACCGACAAGAUCGACCCGAAUAUCGUGACCCAGAUCGAAAAGGCUUUCGAAAACGUUGAGAGAACCCUGAAGCUGGCGGGAAGCCGAGGGUGGGAGGAUGUCUUCUUCCUCCGCUCUCAUCACCUGCCAUGCAACCAGGAGGCCAUGGACACCAUGGUCCGCUGCCUGAAGCGCUACUGCCCCAACCACCAGCCUGCUUGGACUGCUCUGGGAGUCCCGCGCCUGGCAUUCGAUGACAUGAGGGUCGAAAUUGAAGUCCGCGCCCACGUCCAGAACUGA